CCUGCCUGUGCCGCCGUCGAGCCUCUGCCUGCGCCAUGGCCGCCGCGUCCUGCCUCGCCUCCGUCUUUGCCUGCUGCCUCCGUCGCAGCCGGUCAUCUAGCCCAGGACGCGAAAGCCUCGACGAACGUACCCACCUAAUUCCGCCGACCUCCGAUGAGCCUUCCCCGGAACCGUAUGUCGUCGACCAGCAGCAGCUUAACGCCCGUUUGGGCCCCAUUGUCCGCGCCAAAGAAGGGUGCGUCCUCCCCAGCUCCCUACCUCGUUUACAGACUCACCGCCGCCGACACCGCGUGCACACGACCCUCCACAGAAAGAUGGUGAACGUGAACACGCCCCUCCCUUUCAACCUCCACAACCGGCCCCUGCACGACCCCUCUGGCUCCGCGACGCGCUCGCGCUCGGCCUCCGCGCACCUCGAGCCUGCAACGCAGCGCCGUGUGUCCUACUCGCCCCCGCGCGAGCCCUCUGUCUCCCCGUCAAUACCUACCAGCCGCUCGACGUCGUCCCUCCAGCCCGGCGACGCCUCCUACCUCCCGCCCGAGGCAGACCCCGAGUAUGGUUGCCGCCCGGUGCUCAACGUCCGCCUCGUGCGCGGCGCGCCUGGCAACGGCAUCUGGACACGACGUGGAAGGAGUGUGACUCGGGGAAGGUACAGCCGCUUUGGCGACGAUGGUAGCGCCGCGAGGCAAGGUCAGCAGGAGCAGAAGGUAUGGGAUGGGAAUGGGGAGGCGAACAGCGACGCUGCGUCGCCAAUGGCAACGGAGGGGAAUGGUCGUGAGCAUGACAAGGAAGGGAAUGGUGUUGUGCGUGAGGACGGGCAGGAGGCAGACGACGCGGCAGAGUCGACGCCACAUCCACCAAUAGGUGGUUCGCCUACCGAUACAGAAGGAGAGACGGCGGCGCCGGACUUCCGUAUAGAGAUCACGGACGUUGGCAAGAUCUCGCAGAGCUGGGGUGAUUGA